AUGGUGUUACACAAAAAUUUGCUUUCCAACUACCAUGGAUUGUCCACGACCUCAGCACCACUCAAAGCACUACAAAGAACAUGGGAAUGUGAUUAUUCUGUGUUCCGGGAUAUGUUCUCCCUUCCCAUACCCCUCAAGUCCCAACCAGAGGAGACAGUGGGUCAGGUUAGCUUUAGGGUAGAAGGAGAGGUCGAUGAGCACCCAAUCGUCUUUCCUGAAACAACUGUGGAGGAGUUUGAUCACUUUGUGGAAAAUUGUCUCUAUUUUACGCUAACUCUCCUUCACAGUUGGACACCUCCACCUGUUCCCGUUCAAGUCCAUAUUGAUGUCUUGAAGUUCGCCCACAAGUUCGACCUGCGUGAAGAUGUCAAAAACAGUGUUAUCUUUAAAUUGAGUGAAUAUCGCGACCCUCACCUCAAAGCCGUCGACCGCUUGAAUCUGGCUCGCCUCUAUGAGAUCCCAUCAUUCAUUCGGCCAGCAUUCAUCUCACUCUGCCGCAUUACCCUCAAAAUCUCAGACCUCCCCUCCAUCGAUAUCCAGAAGAUCGGCCUUCCAGCCUUCAGUGUCCUAGCAAAAGUUAAGGAAGCCAUAAAUGAAGAACGACGCAUAAUUGCAUACCAUGCUCCUGGCGUCGAUUCACUUCCCACCAACGAAGAAUGUAACAAAUUGACCCACAGCACUGUAUGUCUGAGGGUAUGGAAGAAGGAGUGGUGGAGCAAGAUCGGGAGAGGUAUCCUGCAGCCGGUGCCCAUAUUCGCAUGGGAUUUUCCUGAUGAUGUUGUCGAAGCCGUGCAGAAGCUGCAGCUUCCUGGGGAAGUGGCUUCUCCAACGAUUUGGCCAUUGGGUGGAUUGGCACUCGAAGCAGGGUUUGGCGCAGAGGCUCUGAGGAAUGCGAGCUCGAAGAAAAGUUCUAACUACACGGGCCUCCACCUUGGACAGUAUCUGGCUCUGGAAGCUCUUCAACGAACUAUUGGUAUACACUUGGCUAGGCGUUCUCUCAAUAUCAUCACCACAAGAACAAAACUCUCAAGAAUCACGAUGAACAUGAAAUCGGUGCUCUUCUACAACAUCGCUCUCUUUCUGGUCCUAGCUUCCUACGUCCAAGCGUCUUUAUACCCAACUCACCCUAUCAAGAACACCGUGUAUCUUGCUGGAAAGGCGGCCGGGAUCAUGUGGAUCGAGGGCGGCGGGAAGCCGCUGUUAAAAAAGAUGGGCACGGUGCAGAUUGAUUUGUAUACCAAUCACGAUACGUAUGUCUCGACGCUGGCGAAGAACGUACCCGCCACCGCAGGCAGCACAACAUGCUUCAUCCCCGCCGAUGUCCCAUCGAACGUCUUGUCUUUCAAUCUCCGCUUCAUAACUACCUCUCCCCCGACUAUAAUCUACACCGCAGACUUCUCCAUACUAGGCGGUACCGGAGAACCCGUAUAUCCAUUAUCCGCGGAAGAGGAAGACGAUCCUUCCGCCGACAACGGCGAUGGGGGCACUCAAGAUCCUAAUACUACUACUACACCCGACUCAAACACUAACGACCCUCAAGACCCAACCGACCCAACUAUCACAGAUCCCAACUCUCCGGGCCCCAACCCCCAACCAAACUCAAAUUCCACCGACACAAACUCAAGCACGAGCGGACCACCACCAGCCGUAUCGACUAUCAUCGCUCCUCCUCUGGGUAAAGGCGAGGUUGGAUCUCCCGCACCCACACCCACACCAACGCCGAACACGGUUUCGGGAUCUGGAUCAGGUUCUGGGACUUCGAGGUUGCCCUACAGCGCUGCGGUACGAAGUGAUCUGGAGUCGCUUGGGUUUAGGACUGCGAUUGUACUUUGGCCGGCGGUCGUUGGCAUUUCUAUGGCUUUGUGA